AUGACUGUGCGCACCACCCUCAAAACCAAGCGACGCCUACCAACCAGAAACACCUCCAACUCGGACUCAGACUCAGAACCUCUACCCCCAUCAGACCGUCGCGCUCUCGCUGAAGCCUUCGGCACGAAGAAGGCUCGGAAAAGGCUUCAAGAUCAGACCGAGAACGCCAUCUCACCCUCCAAAUCCAUCAGACCAAACCAGCCCCUCGAUCCUCUCGCCUCGGCCGUCCUAUCCACCAUGCCCACCUCCAACCCCUCCCGAGCCAAAACAGCAGAAGAAGCAGCGUCCUCCAAAUCAAUCCCCAAACCCAACCUCUCCGCCUCCUCCCCAUCAGAGGCCUAUCCCAUUAGCACCCUCGUAGGCAACACCGACAACCUCUCCAACAUCCGCAUUCAAUCUCUCCUCGACUCCGUCGCCGCCUCCGCCUCCGUCCAGAUAAACAGCCACUUCCUCGGCCCCCUCCUCGUAAAAGCCGCCCAAGCUCGCGACAUCCGCGCCUGCCGCCUCCUGAAAUACACCCUCCUCCUAAUCGAGCUCUACAAAAUCAUCAUCACGCCUCCCCCAGGCAGACCCGCAAAACCGCACGCGCCGAAACGUCUCCCCCGCCUCGAUACCAACGUCAUGAAACCCCUGCUCGAAGCGUACACCGGCCCUCUCGUCGACGCUACCGCAAUACGCUUCACGGAGAACGCCGCCGGAUGUGGGGGUAAUGUGACGAAAUGGCAUCUCGAUCUUUUGGUCACGCAUAUCCUAGCGCUGAGCUUGCAUGUGGCGACCCCGCCGUUUGUGGUGGAUACGUGGCUAUUGCAGAAGGAUUUAGUGAUGGAUGCGCCGACGAUUGGGACGAUGUUUAAGGAGCUGGGGUGUGAGGUUAAGGCGAUGGGAAAGAGUGAGAUGGAGGGGCGGAAGCUGAGUAGAGCGGAAGGGGGAUUGAGGAGGUUGGUGAAGUUAAAGGUGCCUUUGACUUUUCCGGGUGUGAAAAUUGGUGGGGGGAGGAGAGGGAUGGGGAGAUAG